AUGCAGAAAUGGUCCACAAGGUGGAAAACGAGACGAUGGCCCUGGGACUCGGCUGUAACUGUGCUCGUCACCUUCGUUAUCUUUCGGGCUGCAGAGGUCAAGGGAGCUGAACCCGUUGAUGUGCUGAAAGCAUUAGAAUUCCACAAUUCACCCGAAGGAGUGUCAAGAACAGCAGGAUUUUGCACAAACAGAAGGGGUUCAAAAGGAUCAGAUGUUGCCUAUAGAGUUUCAAAAACUGCACAGCUGAGUGCCCCAACACAGCAGCUGUACCCAGGUGGAGAUUUCCCAGAAGAUUUUUCAAUAUUAAUGACAGUAAAACCUAAAAAGGGUAUCCAGUCCUUCCUUCUGUCAAUCUACAAUGAGCAAGGAAUACAGCAAGUGGGUGUUGAAGUUGGUAGAUCCCCUGUCUUCCUGUUUGAAGACCAAAAUGGAAAACCUGCCCCAGAAGACUAUCCUCUUUUCAGAACAGUCAACAUUGCUGAUGGCAAGUGGCAUCGAGUAGCUAUUAGUCUGGAGAAAAAAAGUGUUACAAUGAUUGUUGACUGUAACAAAAAAACUACUAAGCCACUGGAUAGAAGUGACAGAACAGUUGUGGACACCAAUGGCAUCACUGUCUUUGGAACCAGGAUUCUGGAUGAAGAAGUUUUUGAGGGUGAGAUUCAGCAGCUGUUGAUUAUAGCAGACCCCAGAGCUGCAUAUGAGUACUGUGACCAUUAUAGCCCAGAUUGUGAUUCCCCAGUCCCCAAUGCUGCUCAGGCUCAAGAUCCUCAAGUUGGUGAGAAAAAGAAAGCCAUGGUCAAAAAGAAGAAGAGGACAGUGGCUGCUAGCUCAAAGGACAAACCCCAAAAGGCCACAACAAAAAAAUCUGAAAAAUAUGCAGCCAAGAAGAAGAAAAGUUACCAAGCAGCAACAAAAGACAAACUAGGGGUAAAGGGAAACGUUGUUGAUGGAUUUCAAGAGUAUAGCAUUGCUGAAAAUUACUAUGGCCCCCAGACAGAAGCUCCCUCCAGAACUACCGAAGCAAAUGAGCAAAAUCCUGUUGAAGAACUAUUUGCUGAAGAAUACAUAACUGGAGAGGAUUAUGAUAAAAAAACUGAGGAAACUGAAUAUGGAAGCAGAGGAGUAGACUUCAGUGAAUCUGAUCUGCUGGUAGAUGGAGAUUUAGGCGAAUAUGAUUUUUAUGAAUAUAAAGAAUAUGAAGAGAAACCAACUGAUUCCACUAAUGAAGAGUUUGGUCCAGGUGUUCCUGCAGAGACUGAUAUCACAGAAACAAGCGUGGCUGGACAUGGUGCUUAUGGAGAGAAAGGCCAAAAAGGAGAACCAGCUGUGAUUGAACCUGGUAUGCUCAUUGAAGGACCACCGGGACCAAGAGGCCCUGCCGGUCUUACAGGUCCCCCAGGUCUACAAGGUCCUGUUGGUCCUCCAGGUGACCCUGGUGAAAGGGGUCCACCUGGUCGCCCUGGUCUCCCUGGUGCUGAUGGGUUAGCAGGUCCCCCUGGUACCAUGUUAAUGUUGCCUUUCCGCUUUGGUGGAGACGGUGAGAAAGGCCCAACAAUCUCAGCUCAGGAAGCUCAAGCACAAGCUAUUCUUCAGCAGGCUAGGAUUGCUAUGAGAGGUCCACCUGGACCCAUGGGACUCACUGGAAGACCAGGUCCUGUGGGUGGACCUGGAGCUGCAGGUGCUAAGGGUGAAAGUGGUGAACCAGGUCCACAGGGUCCUCGUGGUGUUCAAGGUGCCCCUGGUCCAAGUGGAAAAGCUGGCAAAAGGGGACGUCCUGGAGCUGAUGGUGCCAGAGGAAUGCCAGGAGAACCUGGUGCAAAGGGUGACAGAGGAUUUGAUGGGCUUCCUGGCCUCCCUGGUGACAAAGGUAACAGGGGAGACCGUGGCCCACAGGGACCUCCAGGCUUACCUGGUGAAGAUGGAUCAAGAGGAGAAGAUGGGGAAGUUGGACCAAGAGGUCUCCCAGGUGAAGCUGGUCCGCGGGGGUUACUGGGCCCCAGAGGGACACCUGGUCCCCCUGGACAACCAGGUAUUGCAGGUAUUGAUGGACCUUCCGGCCCAAAAGGAAACAUGGGUCCUCAAGGGGAACCAGGACCUCCUGGUCAGCAAGGAAUCCCAGGCCCACAAGGGCUUCCUGGUCCACAAGGUCCUAUUGGACCUCCUGGUGAAAAAGGACCUCAAGGCAAGUCUGGCCUUCCUGGCCUUCCUGGUUCCGAUGGGCCUCCUGGUCAUCCGGGUAAAGAGGGUCAGUCUGGAGAUAAAGGUGCAUUGGGGCCUCCAGGUCCUCAGGGUCCCAUUGGCUAUCCAGGUCCCCGUGGUGUAAAGGGAGCUGAUGGUGUGCGUGGUCUCAAGGGAUCCAAAGGUGAAAAGGGUGAAGAUGGCUUUCCAGGAUUUAAAGGUGACAUGGGUCUUAAAGGUGAUAGGGGAGAAGUUGGUCAGCCAGGCCCACGAGGAGAAGAUGGUCCAGAAGGUCCAAAAGGUCGAGCAGGUCCAUCUGGGGACCCAGGUGCUGCUGGUCCAGCUGGGGAGAAGGGUAAGCUUGGUGUACCUGGAUUGCCAGGAUAUCCAGGAAGACAAGGACCAAAGGGUUCAACUGGUUUCCCAGGAUUUCCAGGUGCCAAUGGAGAGAAAGGUGCAAGGGGAUUACAUGGCAAACCAGGCCCCAGGGGACAGCGAGGACCAACAGGUCCGAGAGGCUCAAGAGGCCCCAGAGGCCCCACUGGCAAACCUGGUCCAAAGGGUACUUCAGGCAACGAUGGUCCUCCUGGCCCACCAGGUGAAAGGGGACCACAAGGGCCCCAGGGACCUGUUGGAUUCACUGGACCAAAGGGACCUCCAGGGCCACCUGGAAAAGACGGCUUGCCUGGGCACCCAGGACAGAGGGGUGAGACUGGUUUUCAAGGAAAAACUGGUCCUCCAGGUCCUGGUGGUGUUGUUGGCCCUCAGGGUCCUACUGGUGAGACUGGUCCAGUUGGUGAAAGAGGUCACCCAGGUCCUCCUGGUCCACCAGGUGAACAGGGCCUCCCAGGUGCUGCAGGAAAAGAAGGUGCUAAGGGUGACCCAGGCCCUCAAGGCAUUCCUGGCAAAGAUGGGCCAGCAGGUCUGCGUGGCUUCCCUGGAGAGAGAGGCCUUCCAGGUGCUCAGGGUCCAUCUGGUCUGAAAGGAGGGGAAGGCCCGCAAGGCCCACCUGGCCCAAUUGGUUCACCAGGGGAACGUGGAGCAGCAGGCACUGCUGGCCCAAUAGGUCUGCCAGGUCGUCCUGGACCUCAGGGUCCUCCAGGCCCUGCAGGGGAGAAAGGUGCUCCUGGUGAAAAAGGUCCUCAGGGUCCAGCUGGACGUGAUGGAGUACAGGGUCCUGUAGGACUUCCUGGUCCCGCUGGUCCUAGUGGUUCUCCCGGAGAAGAUGGUGACAAGGGUGAAAUUGGUGAACCUGGUCAGAAAGGUAGUAAAGGUGACAAGGGAGAAAACGGUCCUCCAGGUCCACCAGGUCUCCAGGGUCCUGUUGGUGCCCCUGGUAUAGCUGGAGGUGAUGGGGAGCCAGGCCCAAGAGGUCAGCAAGGGAUGUUUGGGCAAAAAGGUGAUGAAGGUCCUCGAGGCUUCCCUGGCCCUCCUGGCCCUAUUGGUUUACAGGGUCUGCCUGGCCCACCAGGUGAAAAGGGUGAAAAUGGUGACGUGGGCCCAAUGGGUCCACCUGGCCCUCCAGGUCCAAGAGGUCCCCAGGGUCCUAAUGGAGCUGAUGGUCCUCAAGGCCCUCCAGGCUCAAUUGGCUCUGUUGGAGGUGUUGGUGAAAAGGGUGAACCUGGAGAAGCUGGUAACCCUGGACCUGCUGGAGAAUCUGGAACAUCUGGUCCUAAAGGUGAAAGGGGAGAAAAAGGUGAGGCUGGUCCACCUGGAGCAGCUGGACCACCAGGUGCUAAAGGACCUCCAGGUGAUGAUGGGCCUAAGGGUAACCCAGGUCCAGUUGGUUUUCCUGGAGAUCCUGGUCCCCCUGGGGAACCUGGUCCAGCUGGUCAAGAUGGUGUUGGUGGAGAGAAGGGUGAAGAUGGUGAUCCUGGUCAACCUGGUCCACCAGGUCCUUCAGGUGAAGCUGGCCCACCUGGUCCACCUGGAAAAAGAGGACCUCCUGGAGCACCUGGUGCUGAAGGCAGACAAGGUGAAAAAGGUGCAAAGGGUGAACCUGGUACAGAAGGGGCUCCAGGAAAAACAGGUCCAGUUGGUCCACAAGGACCUGCAGGAAAACCCGGCCCAGAGGGUCUCCGGGGCAUUCCCGGCCCUGUGGGAGAACAAGGUCUACCUGGAGCACCUGGCCAGGAUGGCCCUCCUGGGCCUCUGGGUCCACCUGGCUUGCCUGGUCUGAAGGGAGACCCAGGCUCCAAAGGAGAGAAGGGACAUCCUGGUUUGAUUGGCCUGAUUGGACCUCCAGGAGAACAGGGAGAAAAAGGUGACAGGGGACUUCCUGGCCCACAAGGAUCUCCUGGGGCUAAGGGUGAUGCAGGACUUUCAGGUCCUGCUGGACCACUUGGACCCCCUGGUCCUCCCGGUUUACCUGGUCCACAAGGUCCAAAAGGUUCUAAAGGAUCCAACGGUCCUACUGGUCAAAAGGGUGACAGUGGGUUACCUGGUCCACCUGGUCCUCCAGGUCCUCCGGGUGAGGUCAUCCAGCCGUUGCCAAUCCAGUCACCCAAAAAGACAAGAAGAUCAUCUGAUUACAUGCUAUCUGAUGCUGGUGAUAAUAUCCUGGAUUAUUCUGAUGGCAUGGAAGAGAUCUUUAGUUCACUGAAUUCACUGAAACAAGACAUUGAGCAUAUGAAGUAUCCAAUGGGCACUCAGAAUAACCCAGCCCGAACUUGCAAAGACUUGCAGCUCUGCCACCCAGACUUCCCAGAUGGGGAAUAUUGGAUUGAUCCUAACCAGGGCUGUUCUGGAGACUCUUUUAAAGUUUACUGCAAUUUCACAGCAGGUGGGGAAACUUGCAUCUACCCAGAAAAGAAAUCUGAAGGAGUUAGAAUUUCAUCAUGGCCAAAGGAGAAUCCAGGAUCUUGGUUUAGUGAAUUUAAGCGAGGCAAACUUCUUUCCUAUUUGGAUGUUGAAGGCAAUUCUAUUAAUAUGGUCCAAAUGACAUUUCUUAAACUACUGAGUGCCUCUGCCAGACAAAAUUUCACUUACAACUGUCAUCAGUCUGUAGCUUGGCAUGAUGCAUCAUCUGACAGCUAUGGCAAAGCACUAAGGUUCUUAGGAUCGAAUGAUGAAGAAAUGUCUUAUGACAACAAUCCUUAUAUCAAAGCUCUUCACGACGGCUGUGCAUCAAGGAAGGGCUACGCAAAGACAGUGAUUGAAAUCAACACACCCAAAAUAGAUCAAGUGCCUAUAGUUGAUGUGAUGAUCAAUGACUUCGGUGAUCAGAACCAGAAGUUUGGAUUUGAGGUUGGUCCUGUCUGCUUCCUUGGUUAA